AUGGCUUCCAAAACAGACGAAAGCUCUUAUAUACCUACGCCUCAUCAAGACGAGAGCUCUCCUACGCAAAAACCGGAAUCCAUCCACUCCGACGCAGAGAAAAGAAGCCAGUCUAUUGAUGACAACAUCAAUGAAAAAAUAAUAGAGGAUCCUACUACAGACAUUGAAGCCCAAAAUCUAGCUAAAUCAACCACCAACAAAAGCGAAAAACCGUUCACUGCUUUUGCCAAUUAUCAGAUAUGGUUCAUCGUGGCCAUGGCCAGCGCCGCGUCAUUUUUCUCGCCGUUGUCGGGGCAAAUAUAUUUCCCGGUGCUUCCAAUUCUCACCAAAAACUAUGGUCUCACGCCGGCACUGCUCAAUGUCACGGUGACGACGUACAUGAUCUUCCAGGGUCUUAUGCCGAGUUUUAUGGGUACAUUUUCCGACGCCAGCGGAAGACGGCCGGCGUAUAUACUCGCCUUUAUCAUCUAUACUGCAGCCAACAUCGGACUGGCGUUGCAGAAUAGCUAUGCAGCUCUCCUUGUGCUCCGCUGUCUGCAGAGCGCGGGCAGCAGUGGGACGAUCUCGUUUGGGUUUGCUGUUGUCGCCGAUGUGGUGACCACGGCAGAGCGAGGCAAGUACAUGGGCCCAAUGGCUUCGGGCAUAAUGCUUGGUCCUGCGUUGGGCCCUGUUAUUGGAGGUCUCCUAGCGCAGUUUCUGGGUUGGCGUGCCGUCUUCUGGUUUCUCGUGGUCGUUAGUGGUUCGUUUCUUGUUAUAUAUGCGGUCUUCCAGCCGGAGACACAUCGACAGAUCGUCGGUGAUGGCAGUGUCACUCCAUCAGAGGGCUGGCGGUUGUCCUUGGUGCAAUACAUCGCGACGAAACGGAAAGUGGCACGCAUGAGUGCUGAGGAAAAGAAGGAAUAUGAGAAGACUCGGCUAGGACUGAAAGAGCAGCAAACGGCGAGGAAGCUGGGGUUUCCCAAUCCGCUCAAGUCGUUUGCUAUCUUGCUGCAGAAAGAUGCUCUAGCGUUGGUUGUGUAUUCCGGGUUGAUGAUGUUUGGCAACCUUGUGCUCAUGACUGCAACCCCGACGUUGUUUCCUGGGAUCUAUGGACUGAAUGAGCUGGAGGUUGGACUGUGCUUUUUACCUCUCGGAGUAGCAGCCGCCGUCGGUUCGAUCAUCAACGGAAAACUGCUUGACUGGAACUACCGACGCCUAGCAGCAAAGCACGGAAUGGCCAUUGAACGAAAACGUGAUCAGGACCUGACCGAAUUUCCCAUUGAGAAAGCCCGGCUCCAGAUGGCGAUCGGAUUUGCGUCGGGGAUUGCCCUGCUUUACAUACCGUACGGCUGGGCUCUGCAAUACCACGCUCACCUGGCGGCGCCAAUGGUGAUUCAGUUUUUGAUCGGGUGCUGUACUGUCUGUACGUCCAACAGUCUGAGUACGCUGCUAGCUGAUCUCUUCCCGGGUCAAGUGGCCACUGCGUCGGCGGCGCAGAAUCUGGUGAGAUGCUGGCUCGGGGCGGUUGGUGCGGCUGUGGUCGACUCGAUGCUGUCGGGGAUGGGCACGGGCUGGUGCUUUACGUUUACCGCGUUCAUGUUGCUUGCUGGUGUUGGGCUUUUGUGGGUUGAGAUGAAAUGGGGCAUGGGCUGGAGGCAGAAGAGAUGGGCGCAGGACAAGGCCAAGAAGGAAGCGGCGAGCAGCUAG